AUGACGACGACAUUCCUCUCUGGUGCUGCCUUUGGUGCGGCUAUGAUGGCAGCCUCCUUUCACAAUCCUGCCAUUGUCAUUGCUCAGCUGAAGUUUGAAAAUUGGCACAUGAUACAGGCGUUUCUCGCCGCAACUGCAAGCAGCGCAGCCAUGUACGCCAUUGCAGAUCGCCUCGACUACGUGAAGCUCAAGCCCAGAAGUUCCUCGCCGUUAGGGCUCUUCUCCAAAUACGACGGCAACAUCAUCGGCGGCACGCUCCUCGGUACCGGUAUGGCGUUGUCAGGGUCAUGCCCAGGAACGCUGUAUGCUCAACUGGCUGCCGGUACCCAUACUGGCUUCUAUGCCCUAAACGGGGCCAUACUUGGCGGGCUCUUGUGGACUGGGCUCCUUUCCAAGCUUGUCAGGCAGAGGAAGGAGAGAGCGAACAUCAGCCCCAUUACCGUGACUGCGAACGAUCAACUUGGUCUGAGCAGAGGCGUUACAUUGCUUCUCUUUGAGACCGUCUGCCUCUCGGUCCUCGCAGCAACGACACUUUACACCCCCAAGUUCCCCGGGGCCGAGAUGGUCGGAACGGCAGGCGGCUUGCUUAUCGGGCUCUCUCAGCUCUUCUCCCUUGCCACAAGAAGAUCCAUGAUAGGCAUCUCCACCGUCUAUGAAGAAGUUGGAAACUAUUGCUGGUGGUUGGUCAAGGGCGCAGAGCCCAGUGCGAAGCCCAUCUCGUACAACAGCAUUCUCUUCGCCGGCGGCGUGACGGCUGGAGCCUGGGGAUUGCUCCAGGCCGUCCCUUCGCUGGCAAGCACACCCGUCUUUGAGGCGCCUCCAAAUCUGGCGAUGGUAGGAGGUGCGCUUAUGGCCAUUGGAUCGCGAAUGGCAGGAGGCUGUACUUCUGGACACGGCAUCAGCGGCAUUUCACUGCUGUCAUUGUCAAGUAUGAUUACGAUCGCAAGCACAUUUGCUGCCGGAGCCGUUGUUGCGCCUUUGGUCUAUUAA